GAGGCUCAGCCCUGAGCUGGAGGCAGAAGCUGCUCCGCCCGCCCGGCCGCGGCGCGCACCAGCUGUGGCUGCUGGAUCGCAAACUCCUUCGGAAGCGCCUCUCCUGCAGUUAUGGAGAAAACUUGUACAGAUGAACUUCCUCUCGCUAUGAAUUCUUCAGAAAAGCGAGAGACUGUGUGUAUUUUUGGAACUGGGGAUUUUGGAAGAUCACUGGGAUUUAAAAUGCUCCAGUGUGGUUAUUCUGUUGUUUUCGGAAGUCGAAACCCCCAGAUGUCCAGCCUGCUGCCCAAUGGUGCCGAGGUCUUGAGCUAUCCAGAAGCGGCCAAGCAGUCUGACAUCAUAAUCAUGGCAAUCCACAGAGAGCAUUAUGAUUUUCUCACCGAAUUAAUUGAGGUCCUCAAUGGGAAAAUAUUGGUAGAUGUCAGCAACAACCUCAAAAUCAAUCAGUAUCCAGAAUCUAAUUCAGAGUACCUUGCUCAGUUGGUGCCAGGAGCCCAUGUGGUAAAAGCAUUUAACACUAUCUCAGCCUGGGCUCUCCAGUCAGGAGCACUGGAUGCAAGUCGGCAGGUAUUUGUCUGUGGAAAUGACCGCAAAGCCAAACAAAGAGUUAUGGAUGUGGUUCGUACCCUGGGACUUACUCCAUUGGAUCAAGGCUCUCUCACAGCAGCCAAGGAAAUUGAAAACUAUCCCCUGCAACUAUUUCCAAUGUGGAGGUUCCCCUUCUAUUUGUCUGCCGCGCUGUGUGUCUUCCUCUUUUUCUACUGUGUUAUAAGAGAAGUAAUCUACCCUUAUGUUUAUGAAAAGAAAGAUAGUACCUUUCGCAUGGCUAUCUCCAUUCCAAAUCGCAUCUUUCCAAUAACAGCACUUACACUGCUUGCUUUGGUUUACCUCCCUGGUGUUAUUGCUGCCAUUCUGCAACUGUACCGAGGUACGAAAUACCGUCGAUUCCCAGACUGGCUUGACCAUUGGAUGCUCUGCAGAAAGCAGCUUGGCUUGGUGGCUCUGGGAUUUGCCUUCCUUCACGUCAUCUACACACUUGUGAUUCCUAUUCGUUAUUAUGUACGAUGGAGGCUGAGAAAUCUAACCAGUACCCAGACACUACUCAAGAAAGAGGAUCCAUUUAGUACCUCUUCUGCCUGGCUUAGUGAUUCAUAUGUGGCUUUGGGAAUCCUUGGAUUUUUUCUGUUUGUUCUCUUGGGAAUCACUUCCUUGCCAUCAGUUAGCAACGCUGUCAACUGGAGAGAGUUCCGAUUUGUCCAGUCCAAACUGGGUUAUUUGACCCUGAUCUUGUGCACAGCCCACGCCCUGGUGUAUGGUGGAAAGAGAUUCCUCAGCCCUUCAAUUCUGAGAUGGUAUCUUCCUUCAGCCUACAUAUUAGCACUCAUCAUUCCUUGCACUGUACUGGUGAUCAAGUUUAUCCUAAUCAUGCCAUGCAUAGACAAGACCCUUACACGGAUCCGCCAGGGCUGGGAAAGGAACUCCAACUACUCAAAAUCACCAUUGAAUGGAAAAACAGAUAUUUAAAGCAAAGUUCAAUAUAAUCAGACUUCUAUAGUAUUGAAUGUUUAGAGAAGAAUAAUGGGUACAGUUAAGAAAGCUUUUUUUCUCCCGCCAUGGCCUGAAGUUCAUGAACACAGAAGGAAACAUUGCCUGUCUUUGAGAAAUUGACAGAUUGGAAGAGAACAUCAUUUAAUCUCAGGUUCGUGGUGAAUCAAUCAGUGCAGGUCCCUGCCUCUUCUUCCCUGGAGGACAUGGGGCUGAGAUUGAGAUUAGCUUUGUGGUUUCACACUCUGAAGCUUCUUUGUUGUGGGCAACAUGCAUGACCUAAUAUCUUGCAAAAUCCAGAAGUACAAGCAACUUCCUUCUCUGCUUCAAGGGCUGAGUUAAGUGAGGGCCACUGAUAAAGGCUUUAUUAGGUAUGGCUGAAGAAGAGGGCCAAAUGAAGUAAAAAGAAUAAGAUUUUUUGUUUGUUUUCUUGGAAGUAAAAGGUGAUCAUAAAUAUGACCAUAAUAAAUCCUGUAGUUAAUAUACCCCUUGAUUUUGCUUUUAUCAAUAUGAAUGUUUACUAUGGGGAGAUAUUUUAUAACACAACAAAAAUAUCACAAUUGAUUGUAAGUAACCAUGCCAAAUCUAUAAAAUUGUCAUAAGAUCCUUCCUCUACAAAGAAUAGGUAUAGGAAAGAUUGAAUAAAAAUGAAGAUAUAUCCAUUUGGAUAUUCCUUGCAAUGUGCAAUAAGCAAGGAAGGGUUUGAUAAAAGCUCUUGUACAAAAAGUUCAAAUAAACCAGAAUUUUAGAUACCAAGCUAAAUAAAUAUUGUAAAGUUGCAUUAUAUUAGCUUUGGUAUUUUUAAGUAUUAUAUAUGCUUUAUAAAUUAUAUAUUCCAAAUAUUGGUCAAUAUUAAUACCUAUGAAAUUAAUUUCUAGUAUAAAGAAGUAGCUUCUAUAUCUGUCUUAGUCUAUUAUAAUUUUAAGCAGUAAAAUUAAAUGAAUAAUCUGAAGGUAUAAAUUUGACCAAUGCCUAAAUGAGAGAGACUUAUAGGAAGUCACAGGGCAGAGACAUUAUAUUUAUAUAUAUAUAUACAUAUAUGCACACACAUACAUAUAUACACACACACACAUAUAUAUAUAAAAUGAGCAGUAGUCACUAUAUGAGACUUGGGUCUUUCUCAGAUCCUUGCUGAAACAUAGGAUGGUUCUAUUUUUCUACACUGAGAGUGCCCUUUCCAAGAUGACCUUCAGCAGUAUCAGCCUUUCUAGCUCAAUCAUGGAGGUAAAAGGAACUUUAUGCACAAUCUUCCCACAUACCAAAAUAACUAAAAGGCACUGGGUUUGACAUUUUUCUGCCUGCUCUAUUAAGGCCAUUUUUUUCACUUUUGUUAUAACAUAUUGUACAUGACAUUAUACAAAAUGAUUAAAAUAUAUGAAAACAUCCACAAUCCAAGAUGUUUUUCUAUAAAACUUUUUUAAAAUAAUUCUAUCUAUAUUGUAUAUUCAAUUUUACAUCCUUUUUCACUUACUAUGUUAGAAGCUUUGUUCUCUUAUAUUGUAUAUGUAUUUAUGUAAUGGCUGCAUAAUAUUACAUCAAAUAGGCAUUUAUUUAACCACUGCUUUAAUUAAACAUGUAGACUAUAUCAAUUUUUUACUAAAACAAGUAACAUUUCAGAGAAUAUCUUUGCACUGUUAACAUUUUUCUAUAUUUUAAAUUAUUUCCUCAGAAUACUUGCCAGGAAUUGAAAUUAUGAACUUUAAUUAGUAUUUGCUAUAUAUUGCCAAUUUAUUGCUAAAGUGACCUUAUCAACACCAUUAGCAUCGGAUGAGGGUGUUGGUUCCAUCAUACCAUUAUAGAUUUUGUUUUUUAUUUCAAUUGGUAUUUACUUAUAAAUGGUUGCAAAAGUACACAGAACAACAACAAGCUGGAAGACUCUGAGUAGAGCCAUGAUGCUGACUGACCCCUAGAGCGUCAGUGGAAAAGACAGGGAAAAGGGAACUACUCAUCAAUGUUCUGCAAAACAGCCAGGUGUGCUGGGGACAGAGCUAGAGAACUGGUUGAUUAAAACUGAAGUACCAUCCAGGGUGGUCUAGGGAAGCCUGUGGAGUUAGCCACACUCCUUUUUGUUAAAAAAGUAAAAUGUUGAUACCAGGUCAUACAGAGUCCAUCAGUGAAAAUAGAAAAUGCCCCAUCUAAGUAAAAUGCUUACCUAUAGUAAAAACAAACUCUGCUUUUAUAACCUAGUAAAAAUGCUCUACCUGAGUACUUAAAGGAGUGUGAAGUUAAAGAGCGCCCUGGUGGUUUUGGCAUAAUAGCUGCAUGGCCAGGCCUGACCUUUGGCUCCAACCACAAGGGCCCAAGCCCCACAAGCUGACUGAGAAAGCCAUAGUUCUCUGCUGAGGCCUCCCAACGCCCCUCACAGCUCCCAAAACGAUCAAAUCAAUUUGAUCAUCUUAAUACAGCUGAUUCCUCCUGUUUACUGGUGGAAAGAAUGAGUUUAUAACAGAUGGAAAUAGGUGCUUUGGGUAAACUGUAUUCCUUUGAACAGAUCCAAACUGUUCUAUAUCAAAAUGUUAGACUAAACUUUUUUACUGCUGGUACGUUUUCUGUAUUCUAGGAAAAUUUUUAUAAUGUUUAUAGACCUUUUAAUUUUGUAUGCUUUCCCCAUGUUAAGAUAUCACAGCUUUGUAAAUGUAUACUCAUUAAACGUUACUUUUAAAAUGUU